AUCCAAUUGUAAUCCUGUAUGACAAUUUUGUUGAAUUAUUAUACUCACCAUAAUAACACUGGUGGUAGGAGCCUAGACUGGCCACACUGGUUGUUGUUUCCCCAAUCCCCACUAGGCGGCUCGGCCCCCCUCCCCAGUUGGCUGGGGUCGGUGAUGGUGGCCGUCCUCAGCUUGUUGACAUAUUGGUGAUUGACUUUUAUUCCUCCAAUUAUACAUCAGUUGGGGUGACAAGUAGAGGAAGGUACAGCAAAUACAGUAACAAGUACAGGGAGGUACAACACAAGCAGGAAGAUACAAUAACUAGUAAAUAUGAAGGCUGGACCUUGUAAUAAUGAAAUCCCUUGACAUUUCGAAUAUGAAACCAGAACUAAACAACACAUCCAGAGCACGACAUCUUUAUACCCAAUAGGUGGUUUGUCACUUAUCAAUACACAUAAAGCAUGUGAGAGGAUCCAGCUAACAGAGGAAUAUUAUGGCAGCAUCAGGAGGCCAUCCCAGACAAAUAUCUCCCAUCACAACCUAGUGUUAAAGCUCUACAAAGAUCAUAAAAUAUCCUCAAGAGAUGUAGGUUCUGGGUGGUUGUGUACUGCCAGACCCUCAAGUAGGUUGUUGCAUGUUAGUUCAGUACACUACCUCUCCCCAAAAAAGGCACAACUAGUUUAGAAAUAUUCCUAACAACUGAAGAAUAAGAUUAGUACAGCAUACACCUUCAGGAGAACAUUGUAAAUAUGAUAAAUGUAAGUUACUGCACAAAUAUUCAAGGCUUAAGUUGGAAAUGUGAAAGUGAAGUUAGUAUUUGUAUAGUAUGUGAAAUAUAAUAGUAUGUAAAGAUGAAUAUAGUAAUUUGAAUAAUGUGUGCCCUGAUGGUUAAGACUUACAGAAUGUGGGAAAGUGUGUAAAAAUGGCUCACUUUCUGGAUCAAGUAGCUGUGCAUAGUGAUGAAAAGAAUUAUGCAUGCACUGAGUGUGGUAAAAUUUUUGGCAGUAAUGAGUAUUUACAAACACAUGAUUGUUGGGAAGAGGACAUGGAUCAGAAAGACAUAAAGUGUGAAGAGUUUGACGAAAACUUUUACAGGAAAUAUGAUAUGACACAACAUAUGACUGUGCAGAGUGAGAAAAAUUUUAAGUGUGCAGAAUGUGAUGAGAGUUUUUUUAUGGAAAUUGAAUUGGAGUAUCACAGGUCUAUGCACACUGGUGAGAAAAGAUUUAAAUGUACAGAGUGUGGAAAAGGUUACAACAAUAAAACUGCUCUUGAUUAUCAUGUGGCUGUUCACUCUGGAGAGAAGAAUUUUAAAUGUGAAGAGUGUGGGAAAAGCUUUUACUUAAAAACUCAGUUGAAGAGACAUAUGGCUGUGCACACUGGUGAGAAGAAAUACAAGUGUGAACACUGUGGCAAAAAUUUUCACUUGAAGGGUCACCUGAAGAGACACAUGACAGUUCACACUGGUGAGAGAAAGUUUAGGUGUGAACAGUGUGGUAAAAACUUUGACAGAAAGAGUAAUUUGACGCGGCAUAUGACUGUGCACACUCGUGGAGAAAAAGUAAUGGUUGUGAACACUGGUGAGAAAAAAUUUCUGUGUGAAGUUUGUGGUAAAAGCUAUUACCAAAAGAGUGCCCUAAAGGAACACAUGGCUGUCCACACUGGUGAGAAGAAGUUUAAGUGUGAAGAGUGUGGUAAAAGUUAUAACAACAAUAAAGCUCUGGCUUAUCACAAGGCUGUACACUCUGGUGAGAAAAAUUUUAGGUGUGAAGAAUGUGGUAAAAGUUUUUAUUUCAGGAGUACUGUGAGGCAGCAUAUGGUUGUGCACACUGGUGAGAAAAAAUUUAAGUGUGAAGUGUGUGGUAAGUGCUUUUACUUUAAGAGCACACUGAAGCGACAUAUGGUUGUACACAAUGCAGGAAAUUUUGAGUGUGAACUCUGUGGUAAAAGUUUUGGUUUAGAAAGUAAUAUGAAGAAACAUAUGACUGUGCACUCUGGCAUAAAAAAUUUUAAGUGUGAAGAGUGUGGUAAAAGAUUCAUGUGGAAGAGCACUCUGAACACUCAUAUGAUUGUGCACACUGGCCAGAGAAAUUUCACUUGUACAGAAUGUGGUAAAAGUUUUUAUAGAAAGGGAACUCUGAAAGAGCAUAUGGCCAUCCACACUGCUCAGAAGAAUUUGGUAUGUAAAUUGUGUGGUGAAAGUUUCUACAGAAGAAAUGACCUUGAAAAUCAUGUGGCUGUCCACACUUGUAACAAGUACUUAAAGUGUGAAGAAUGUGGGGAAAGUUUUUACAGGAAAAGUGAACUGAUGUCUCAUAUGGCACUACACUCUGAUGAGAAAAACUUCAAAUGUGAAGAGUGUGGUAAAGGAUUUAAACAGAGGAACACACUGCUGAGUCAUAUGAAAGUACACACUGGUGAGAAAAAAUUUCGAUGUGAAGAGUGUGGCAAAUGUUUCUCCAGAAAGUGUUCCCUCAAGGACCAUCAGCUCGUACACACUGGUGAGAAGAACUUCCAGUGUGAAAUAUGUCAUAAAUGGUUUAAAACAAAACAUCUUGUGGCAAAACAUCAGGCAGUACACUCAGAGAAGAAUUUCAAAUGUGAAGUGUGUGAUAAAUGUUUUAAAGACAGAAGUGCACUACUGACUCAUAUGGAUGUUCACACUGGUGAGAAAAAAUAUAAGUGUGAAGAGUGUGGUAAAAGUUAUUACAGAAAGGGCUCUCUAACAGAGCAUAUGCUUGUACAUACUGGGGACAACAAUUUUAAUUGUGAAGAGUGUGGUAAAACCUAUUCCAGUAAGGUUACUCUAAAUCGGCAUAUGGUUGUGCACACUGGCGAGAAGAAAUUCAAGUGUGAUGACUGUGAUAAAAGUUAUUAUAGAGAAAGUUCUCUGAAGGAGCACAUGAUUAUACAUACUGGUGAGAAAAACUUCAAGUGUGAAGUAUGUGGUAAAAGUUACUUCAGCAACGGUGCACUGACUCGCCAUACGGCUGUACACACUGGUGAGAAAAAAUUUAUAAUGUGAAAUUUUCAAGGGCUGACCUGUCUGAUAAACCAUAUGAGAGUGCAUACUGGUUAUGUAAACUUUAUAGUGAAGUCCAUGGUAAAAGUUUUACAUAGCAAGAUGAUCUUGAGUAUCAUAAGUUUGUACACUGUUGACAAAGAGGAUAAUUAUUUAAAGGACAGAUUCUCAGAAAGAUGAAUGUAUACAAAAAAAAAAUAAUGAGCUGCCUUGUCUGAUGGAAUAAAUAUGUUAUAAUGUAGUACAAAAGUAACACUUGGAAGUAGAAUACUCAAGAGGAUUCACAAUAUUCAACUUGGCCACACCAUUGUAAAUACCAGACCCACAGGCAACACAGCCACAACUUACGUAGCUACUGUAGAUAUAUCAAGACCACAACCUCAACUACCAUAAGUAGUUAUAAUAGGACCACAACCUCUACAACUACAAUAAGUAGGUACAGUAAUGGUAUAUUAGGACCACAACCUCUACUUUUACUGUUUACCUUUAUCCUCUUCACCACUGAUCAGCUCGUUAGUCACUUGGGCAGUCAGUCAUGUCUCUGUUACGUACUGUUGGCAAGUACUGGGCAUGCACUGGCUCCUGAAUCUGUUCCUGCUCCAGUGUUGGUCAAGUCUUGUCUUGAAAGAGUUCACACUCGGUGCUGUCACAACACUGGCAGAUAUGUUCCAAAAGUUACAAUUCUCACUUCAAAAAUGUUUGCCCUCUCACUUGUCUGGCGGACGUAAGCCAGCUCCAGUUAUGGACAUUCGACCGAGCAGUGCCCAUUGAAAUGUUUAUAAACUUCAAUUAUGUCACCCUUUGCCCAUCUAUAGUGUAAGUUAGGCAGUUGCAGGCAUUCUAACCACUACCAUAGUAGUUAUAUUAGGACCACAACCACCACAACUACCAUAAUUAGGUACAGUAUAUAAGGAGUUAGGACCAAAACUCCCAUAAGUAAAUAUAUUUAGGCCACAACUACCAUAAGUAGGUAUACCUGUAUUAGGGCCACCACAACUACAAUAAGGAGGUACCGUUGAGGUGAGUCACUGCACCGAACCUCCCCACCAACACACAAUGUAGACUUGGUAAUGAAGCAGGGUGAUUCGGGUCAAGACUAGACACACUGGAUGGGAGGGAGGUUAUUUAUUACAGUAAUAUGAUGCAACUGAUGGAUGAUGAGGAGUGAUGCUAAUAUCGUGUUUAUUAAAUGAAGCCAACCAUAUAAUAAACUGCUGUGCGUGUCUGUGUCUCCAUUUACCUGUAUAUCUCAUAAUAUAAUGGGGAGGUCGGAUGUGUAACAACAUAAGCCAGUGAUUACAUAACAGCAAGCUACGGUAAGUGAAGCGUCACAUAUACAUGAUAAUAACAACAAUAUUUACAGUAUAUUAAAUACACACACAAAAACCGAUCCAUCAUUGAUAUGAAGAUAUGAAAUGUUCCUUAUAAUAGACUUCAUGCUACUAUAUGUUUGACGAAGACCCUUUUUACAGGGAAGUGAACGUGAUAUCACCUGUCAGUUUUCUGUUAAGUAACAUACAGUCAGUAUAUUGUUGCAAUACUUAUGAUAGAUUCCAUGCAUGGACAACUCAUUGCUUAAAAUCAUCGUUGAUAGUGUAGAUAGAAUUGUGUGUUAGAAGAGUAAAGAAAUAUGUCUUGGUAAUUGUCCAAAUGUGUAAAAUCUCCUUUGAUGUAAGUGGUGCACAGUACAGAUGGAGGCAGAGGGGUAACGUGUUCUGCCACCCGUAAAUUUUAAAGGAGAUCUUGCAAGAAAGUGAAAUUGCAAAUGAUGUAACAUUAUAUAUACACAGAGUUGUAAAAAGUACUGGAGUUUGCUACUUAAGUAUAAGUAUUGUUACACUGGCAAAAUGUUACUCAAGUAGAAGUAAAAGAGUAUCUCAUUCAUAAAGUACUCAGGUACAGUACUGAAAGUAUAAUGUAACAAAUAAUUAUUAAUUGUCUCAAAUAUUAAAAUAAAUCCACGGUAAAUUAUAAAAAACUAGUUAAAUAAAGAUAAAAAUAAAAGAUACACAGCAUAACACAUGUUUAUUUACAAAUCUUUCUAUUAAAAUUAAUCAAUAACUGAUUCUCAAAAUUAUGGCUGUCCAAUCAGGAUCUUUUAGACCUAAAUAUAACCCCAGCAUGACCUACUGAAAGAGAAUACAUUCAGCCGCCCAUCUCCCUACAAUCCAUUGUAGGAAUAGUGAACGGAUUGAAAAUAUAUCCAUUCAACACUAUGAUCACUUUCUUCCUUAUCCACACAAGUGUCAUCGACUUGAACUUAUGGUCUGCAGACAUAAUGUGGUGUCUGCUCAUAUUCGGUGAGGAUACAGACCUAUCUGGCUUGUAUCUGAGGCGGGGGAUGACCCGCACUUCUCUUCCUGUAAACUCUGUAACUGUCCCAGUGGUAACACCCUUCAACACUGCUGUAUUGCCUUGACAGUCCCACUGUCAGGGACCUCUUACCACAGGGAGUCACUAGCCACUGUAUGUCAUCACCUACUUAUUUGUAAUAAUUUAGAUAUUAUUCUAGUAUGCUACCCACAUUUUGGUGGGUGCUAACUCCGAUUGUCCUUCAAAUCAUAUCGGUAUCGUUUCCAUAUCGGGGGCGGAUUCAGGGUGGGAGUCCAGGACAAGACAGUACUUCAUCUCUAGACUUUAAUCAGUAUUUUUGAAGGUGACACUAUUGUAAAUACAGUAAAUUGUUUAAGGAUAUUUACAAAUAUCUGGGUUAUACUAACCCACAAGUCUCUACAUAAACUGUAUAUCCCUGUUAGCACGAGACUGUCACUUAGUCUAGUCCUUUGUCGGCAUCCUUAAAAAAAUCCAGAAAAUAGUUGACUAUUUCCUGGAAAUUUUUGGGUCUUUGCUCCCACUGAUAAGCCAAGAUCAGCCAGGAUCUGAGGCAUUAACAGAAAGGUUAAAAAAUGAUGAAGUAUCUUAGAAAAUUUUGGGAGUUUCUGCUCCAGUAAUGUCCUUUAAACCUGAAUGAGACAACUUCUUUAUCAGAUUAACUUCCAGGAAGUUUAGAUCAACAAGGGUACAGUAUUUUAGAAAGCUGCUGAGCCUAUGUGACAAGUGCAUUUAACCAACAAAUCAGGGAAGUAAUAGUGAACUAGAUAUACUGUAGUCCUUCAAAACGACAGCGAAUUCAAACAAUAAUUUAUACUGUACUGUAACAUCAUAUCUGUUGCAUCAUAUAUGAAUCAUAAUUUUUAUCAAGUCUUCACUCACUGUGCUGCAGGGUGGCUGGAGGCUAAAGCAAAACCAAGCUUUCUUUAUACUCUCCAUCAUGCUCUCACUCAUAACUGCUGUGACAUUUCCAUAAGCCAGUCAAGAAUCACUGCCAAGGUCUCCUCUAAUUUACUUGUUCUGCUGCUUCCUAGGUGUACCUUUUUAACCCCCUGUUUCUAUAUGUGAAUAAAUAUACAGUAGAUAUUAACACCAUCUUCAAGGGUAAACCCAAGUGAUAGACUGUCUAGCAAAUUAUCUAUAAUGUAGAGGGCGGUACAGCCAUGACAAAUGACAAGGCAUGGGAAGUUUUUUUUGUACAAUAUGUAAAAUCUGGAAAUGUAUUUGUAACCAUACACUAGAGGUAGAGAGUAAGUACUUGUUUUCUAACUGUGAUGAUGAUGAGCAUAGGCAGAUCCAGGAAUAUCAAAGAGGGGGGGGGGGAUCCAAGAGGUUGUACCGGUAGGCGGGGGAACAUGGCGAGAACAGUGAACCCAGCCUAGAAAUUUUUUUGAAAUCUGACCAAUAUCAUGGGCAUUUUGAGAACAUUUUGAAUCCAUGUGCACUUGAUAUUAGUUGAUAUUUUGAUGUCAAUAGUAAUUACUUUUUACUAUAUAGAAAUGCCUGAGUACAAUAUACUGCAUUGAAGAAAAAGUAUUAGGAAUUUUCUGAUGAAAAGGAGGGGGUCUGGACCCCAGUUCCACCUUGGGUCCACCCCUGAUGAGGAUGUUUUUAAGCUCUUGUGUAUAGGACAGAUCUCAAGAAACAGCAGGUGAUACUAGUAUGUGUGGCCACAGUUGUUUGAUUACUGUAUUACUGAAUUAAAUAUAUAUUAAUGGUAAAUAUGGAUUGAUUACUGAUAAGAACAAAUGAAGAAAUAAGUCCUGGACCACUUCAAUACUGUACAGUGUUAAAGUUUACACUGCUGACUUUAAUACUGUACAUGUAUUUGUCACUUAGUACAGAAUAAGGUAGAAUAGAUUGUCCAUUAGUUGAUAUAGUUGAAGUGAGUAAUUAAAAUGACGAAGUACAGUAGCUACGCAGUGCUAUAGACAUGUACUGUAUCGUACUUAGUGUUAAUUUUGAUUUUGCAGAAGGAAAUUACAAAUUCCUGCACUGUCAUGAAAGAUGCUGUAUAUAGUAUUUUUUUUUCAUUUCAAUAAAAGUAUUGUAUUU